UUCUCACCCACGAUCAGCGGGGAGCCCUGAAAGGGCAUCGCCCCAAUUUCCCCCCCAAACCAGCUGCUCUCCAGCCAAGAAAAUAAUUGCGAUAAUCAGAUUUCAACACGCAGCCUCUGGCAGAUCUAAAAGCAAAUACGGAACAGAGGUUUCUCUUUUUCUCUCGUUAUUGGGAAGUUAAAGCAAACGAUUCCCUCAGAUGGGGAAUUGUGAAUGGUUUUUUUCUCACCAGUUUAUGGUACAGAAAUGAGUCGCCUAAAUCCCAUUGGACUUACCCGGCCCUGGGCAUCUCGUUUGGGUUGUGCCCCCACCUCCUGGUCGACUGCUCAAAUUCAACGGUUUCUCCUGGAAACUUGGGGUUGGAAAGGCAAUUUGGGAGAAAUCGCUGCCUUUUUGAGAUUUCUCAAACGAUGGGCUACCCAUCUUUGCACUUACCUGUUUUUGAGCAGUUUCCAGCAGCCGUCUUCAUCCCCAGCUUGGGUUCGUUUCCUUUGAAUUUGGGGUUUUAUGCUGAAAGCUGAAAACCGUGGGCAGCUCCAGGGUGAUGCAUCCCCCUCGUAAGCGCCUAAAGCAGGGGAUCAACCAAGAGAUCCACCUCUUAAUGAGCCCGAUCCCACCCUGAAAGCAAAACCCUGCUUAGGAAGGUAUGUGACACCUCGUCCUUUAUUUUUGGGGGGAGCAUCACCGCUCUUUUUGUCACCCCCUUUCCUGAAGGGGAUUUUAAAUGCAGCAUUUUGAGCAUUUGCAGGAGCACAGGCCCCCAAUCUCCCGCAAAUUUACCUCUAGAAAGACCAAAGCCGACUGUGAUUUUUGUAGCUGCAAUUCAACAGGUUUUGUGUUUCCCGCAUCACCAGCUCUGCCUUUCUCAUCUCUCUGCAGUGGGACGGGAGCAGCGCUAAGACUCAAAGAGCUGCUAGAAAACACCCCCAAAAUUAACUGGCACCCUGCAAGCUGCAAGCACAUCGCAUCCUUGCUCUUUGCUGCUGGUUAAAAGCAGGUAGGAAAGAGGAAAAAAAAUAAAAUAUAUUAGUCCAUGCCAGCAACAGCACUGCUCUGGCACUGGGAGGAGGAGGCUGCUUUCCCCAAUGGGAGGAGACCUUCAGGCACCUUCCUUUCUCACCCCAAGCUGCUCCACACCUUGAAAAAGCAAUUUUGCUUUUGGAAACAGUUGUUUGUGGGCUGCUGCAACAGGCAGAAGGGCAGAGCAAAGAGAGACAGGGCAGAAUAACGAGCUUGAGGUUUUAGCUGUGUCUCCAGACACAGAAACCACCACCACUGCUGGUCUCUGAGCUCACCUUUGCUCCAAGGGGUGGAAAAACCCCCCUCUGGCAUCCUGAACCUUAAUGUCACAAGAGCAGGGACCAGCCAUGGCACCGACCAUCAUCUACGCCGAGCUAAAUAUGCCACAGCGCUCAGCUCCCGGCGGCUGCAGGAAGCUUCCCGGUAAGUGAAUUUGCUCGGUGCCCUUGCACAGCAGGCGUUGGGCUCCUCUCCUCCUGACUUCAUGGGAUUUCUGCUCAGUGAGGGAUGGGGUUUGGCGGAGCUGAUGUCCUUGAUGCUGCCGGACCCGUACCCUGCAGAAAAGCACAAGGAGGAAAGGGUUUCUCAUGCCUUUUCCAUCUUUCCUGAGCUAAUGGUGGCCAAAACCCAACGCUUCGCUCUUGAGCGGGUUCGCCACCCAUCUCCAGCCUAGAGCAGAGCGAUGGCACAAGCAGAUGUCUUUUCCAUAACCCAAUUUUCUUGGAAAAGGAGGAAAAUACAACCAACCCCAAGGACGCUGCUACCUCUACAUGCAGGGCUUCAUGUGCUCGUCUUUUUUUUUCUUUUUUUUUUUUUUUUGGAGCUCAGCAAGGCUGAGCAGGAGCCGUGCAGUGACCGGCAACCUCUCCCCAUCACUUCGAGCAUCCCAAGGGCUUUCCUUUGGGGCCUUCCCUUCCCCAGGGCACCCCUGCGUGCAGCACGGGGAGGAGAAGAGCUGAGCUCUCAGCUCCGAGGCUUUGCAAGUUGGCUCGCUGCAGUUUUUCCGGUCAAGCAGGCAAGGAAGCUUGUGUGUUUUCUCAGCUCCGUUGCUUCUACAGACACUUGCAAGGUUUUUCUCGCUGAGCAGAGCGACACGGGGGGACGUCUGCUGAAACCAAGGGUAUUAAAAACAGGGCAAAGACCACAGAAGAGCUGCUUCCUCCCUUGCUACCAGUACGGCUCCUGCUGCAGGUCCUUGGUGGUACUGGGUGCUGCUGGGAGCUGGAUGGGUCGGCACUGCGGUCCUGGUGGGUGUCAUGCUAUGGCUGCUGCAGCAAAAUGACCCCAGGGGUCUCCCCCAAAGAAUCCUGUCCCCGGGCAGCACCUGGCUCCAUCCCCAGCGGUUGCAUCCUCCAGCCCCGACAGCAGCACGAUGCUGCGGGUCCAAUCCAUCCUCAUUUCAGGUGGAAACGGCUCCAUCCUGAGCCAGGCAAAAGAGGUCCCGGCCAGCACAUGCUCCUGGGAAAGCUGCCUGACCAACACCAGCCAAUUCGACAUCCCCGAGUUCAAAUGUUCCCUGAAUUGUUUCCGGCUGCAGCUGAGACAGCGGCUGUGUGAGCAAGGAAACCACCACGCAGCAGGUACCGUGGCUCAGCAUCACCCACAGCUUCAGGGCUCUGGAUGGAACCCCCACCUUGUCAGGGGUGCGGGAGGUUGUUGUUCCCCUCUCCCAUGUGGAAAGGGGACAACAAAGCCAGGAACAUCAGGAAAACACCCCAAGACCCCCCCAAUCCUCCCAACUGCUGUUCCCAUCCACAUCGCCCUCUCCCUGCACCACCCCAUGCCCUCACCACCUUCCUCAGCUGCUCCUCUUGCUUUGCCCCCCCAAACCGGGGGAGCCUUUCCCAGCAUGGGCACAGACCACAUUUCCCAAAAAUGCACCUGUGGGACCUCAAACAGCAGGAAAAGCCUCGAGCAUCCCAGGGGGGUUGCAAGAACCUGGUGCCCCCCAGCUCUACCCCUCGCCCCACGGCGGCCAGGGGGCCAGGGACCACUCACACUCAUCUCUGCCGCAGGCGCCCCGGCUUGCUGGCUCUGUCCCGUGGGCUGGCAACCAUUCGCAGCCAAGUGCUACUGGGUUUCUGCAAAAACCAAAACCUGGGAGGCGGCAGUGGAGAACUGCUCGCACCAGCGAUCUCAGCUGGCCGUGCUGAAGAGCGAGGAGGAGAUGGCUUUCAUCAAGGAAAUGAUCCAAAACACCUCUGCAGCCUGGAUGGGGCUGAGCACCAACCAGACAGGAGGGAAAACGUGGAUGUGGCAGGAUGGAUCCCCUUUACAGAAAGACUCGUGAGUGCCUCCCACCGCUCCGGUUCAUGAGUGGUUUGCAAUGACCACAUCCCAGGGGAAAUACUUCCCAGCCCAAUGCUCGCCACAGACCUGGCUGCUCCCCAACGACUCCCCAAAAUCCCUCUGGAGCUGGCAGCAAUGCUCACAGGAGCAAAUUAAAUCAGAGUGACACACGUCCGGUCUCUGCAGCCCGGCUGCUAAACAGGAAGAAGAGAGGAAAAAGCAAUUAAACCCUUAUUCCUAUUUUACACCUAAACGCAAAGCAUAAAGGCA